UCAUCCUCCGUGUCAGGAUAAACUCCACUCGUCUCAGCCAAAUUUGGAGAUUGUUAGGCCGGCUUAGCUUGCUGGUUGUUUUAGCAUGCUAGUUAGCUUAGCUUGUUAGCUGCUGACAAAGAGACGCGGAUUUGAUCAACACGUCACUUAGUUAAGAUCAAGUGUGAGUGUAAAGUGUUGUGAUUGAGUGAAAAUGUGCGAAAGAACGAUAGCAGAGUACAAAGAGGAACUUUCUCGGACAAAAGAGGAGAACAAGAGACUACGUCAACUAUUGGAGGCUGUUUUCAGGAAACCUCAAGUCGUGUUACACAGAACAGACGUCUGUGAAGAACAUCUUCACCCUGAGCAACAGAAGUGGAGCUUCAGGAUGCGGACGGAGGAAGACAUUAAGAAGGAAGAGGAAUACCCUCUGAUCCUCCUUUUUAAAAAGGAAGAGGAGGACCCACUGACACCCCUUUUCAAAGAGGAAACAGUGGAUCCACUGAGUCCUCAUGUUAAGCAGGAAAAGGUGGAUCCACUGACACCCCAUUUUAAAGAGGAAGCGGUAGAUCCACUGAGCCCUCACAUUAAGGAGGACGAGAUGGAUCCACUGAGUCCUCUUGUUAAGGAGGAAAAGGUGGAUCAACUGACACCCCAUUUUAAAGAGGAAGCGGUAGAUCCACUGACACCCCAUUUUAAAGAGGAAGCGGUGGAUCCACUGAGCCCUCAUGUUAAGGAGGAAAAGGUGGAUCCACUGACACCCACUUUCAAAGAGGAAGAGGAGGACCCACUGACACCCCAUUUUAAAGAGGAAGCGGUGGAUCCACUGAGUCCUCAUGUUAAGGAGGAAAAGGUGGAUCCACUGACACCCACUUUCAAAGAGGAAGAGGAGGACCCACUGACACCCCAUUUUAAAGAGGAAGCGGUGGAUCCACUGAGCCCUCACAUUAAGGAGGACGAAAUGGAUCCACUGACAUCUAAUUUUAUAAAGGAAGAGGAGGACCCAUUGAUCCCCCAUUUUAAAGAGGAAGUGGUUGAUCCACUGACCCCUUACAUUAAAGACGAAGAGGAGGAGUCACAUACCCUUCACAUCAAAAAGGAAGAGGAGGAACACAGCAUCAGUCAGCAGGGAGAGCAUCUUGAAGGACUGGAGGAGGUUGAUGUCACCAAGAUGCCAGUGACUGGUGUCCCUGUGAAGAGUGAAGGUGAUGAGGUCAAAGGUGAGAGUGAGGAGAGGGGAGGGGGGGAGCCUCCAAGCAGCAGCUCAACUCAACACAUGACAACAGAAGCUGAUGGAGACCACUGUGGAGGAUCACAAGCAGACAAGCUCUUAGCUCCACUAUCAGAUAGUGAGGACACAACGUCACACUCUCCUGACACUGAUGAUGAAGACUCUAAAGAUGAUAAGACAUCUCACACUGACAACACACACUUCACGUGUUCUCACUGUGACAAAACUUUUAAAUAUCCUAGUAAGUUGAAAACACACAUGAGAACACACACCGGAGAAAAAGCCUUUUCAUGCGCAAUCUGUGGUAAAGGUUUUACUCGAAGGCCCUCUUUGAAAGCACACAUGAGAAUACACUUUGGAGAAAAACCUUUUUCAUGUUCAAUCUGCGGUAAAGAUUUUACACAUAGGCCAAAUUUCAAAGUGCACCUUAGAAUACACACUGGAGAAAAACCCUUUUCCUGCUCAGAAUGUGGUAAAAGUUUUGUAGUAAAUGAAAGUUUAAAAAGGCACAUGAGAACACACAACGGAGAAAAGCCUUUUUCAUGUUCGAUCUGCGGUAAAGAUUUUAUUCGAAGGUACCAUUUCAAAGCACACAUGAGAGUACACACUGGAGAAAAACCUUUUUCCUGCUCAGAAUGUGGUAAACGCUUUGUAGGAAAUCAAAGUUUAAAAGUACACAUGAGAACACACAAUGAAGAAAAACAUUUUAUAUGUUCAAUCUGCAGUGAAGAUUUUACGCUUAGGCGCGAUUUGAAGACACACAUGAGAGUACACACUGGUGAAAAACCUUUUUCCUGCUCAGAAUGUGGCAAAAGUUUUGUAAUAAAUCGAAGUUUAAUAGUACACAUGAGAACACAUACUGGAGAAAAACCUUUUUCAUGUUCAAUCUGCGGUAAAGAUUUUACUCAAAAGCAGAAUGUCAAAGCACACAUGAAAAUACACACCGGAGAAAAACCUUUUACCUGCUCGGAAUGUGGUAAAAGUUUUGUAAUACAUACAAAUUUAAAGGUACACAUGAGAAGGCACUCUGGUGAAAAACCAUACUCCUGUUCGAGCUGCAACAAAAGCUUCCGCCACCAACAAUCUUGUACAGUACACAUGAGAACACACACAGGUGAGAAAGUGUUGAGUUGCAGUGUGUGUGGUGAAAGAUUCUCUUCUAAGUACCAGUGUAAGAAACACAAGUGUGCUGGUGAGAACAGCAGCAACAAAUGAAGAUGCAGGAUUUGAUGUACAUAAUUUGUUUUAUAUUUGUUCAUACCUUUGCUUUUGAGUACACAUAAAUCCCUCUUAGUUCAUAUUUACUGGUUCACAUCUGAAACAUCUUCUGGACCACUUCUGGAAGCAUAUUAUUAUUAUUAUUUGACCAGUUGUCUUGUUUACAAUUUUAAAAUGUGUGACUUCAUGAAUCAUUUGUUGGGUCUCUCUAGUCCAUUCUAUUAAAGGUCUUUAUUACUCUCUUAUGUAAUAUGACAAUUUUUGGGUGAUUGUUUUAUAUGUAUGUCC